AUGGCGGAGUAUUUGGCGUCAAUUUUUGGCACUGAAAAGGACAAAGUAAAUUGUUCAUUCUAUUUUAAGAUUGGUGCUUGUCGUCAUGGAGAGCAAUGUUCUCGACUUCACAACAAACCAUCAUUUGGCCAGACGAUAUUGCUUCAAAACCUCUACAUAGCCCCUCAAAAUACAGCUCAGAGUGCUGAUGGAUCUCACAUAUUCGUUGAAUGUGAGGAAAAGUAUGGCGAAAUAGAAGAGAUGAAUGUUUGUGAUAACCUUGGUGAUCACUUGGUCGGAAAUGUAUAUAUAAAAUUCAGACGAGAAGAAGAUGCAGAGAAAGCGGUCCAAGAUUUAAACGAACGUUGGUUUGGUGGUAGACCAGUUCACGCUGAGCUUUCUCCAGUGACAGACUUUCGUGAAGCAUGUUGUCGUCAGUAUGAACUUGGGGAAUGCACAAGGGUGGAUUCUGCAAUUUCAUGCAUUUGA